AUGGAAUCUGAUGACGAACCUUUGACGUUGUCAGCACAUGCAUUGGCAGCUUUAGCUCAGUUCAAAAACGAAGAAAAAGAGAGACUUGACCAAUUUGAGUCAUUAUACAACAAAUCAGAACAACAAUUUGAUGAAAAUCAGAAAGUUGUCUCCAUAGAUGCCUUCAAGGAGGAUUGGCAGCUUUCCCAAUUUUGGUAUGCGGAUUCUACAGCGGUAACACUUGGCAAGGCACUCUUAGAAGGGGCAGAUAAGGAUACUGUUGUAGUUAUUGCAAGUGCACCUUCUGUAUACGCUGCGAUUAAAUCUUUUGCACCCGAAGAUUUGCCUACAGAAAAUAUAUAUUUGUUAGAGUUUGAUGACAGAUUUCGAUUACUUGCGGGCUCAUCUCACUUCAGUGUCUAUGACUACAACUACCCUGAAAAGAUACCACCUCAUCUCAGAAAUAAAUGUCAUAGACUUUUAAUUGAUCCUCCAUUCCUAGAAGAAGAAUGUCAAACAAAGUCUGCGAUCGCAGCAAGAAAUCUCCUAGUUGCUGAUAAAGGUGAGAAGACUGCUUCAGGCGAUCUCAAAUACAAACUUAUUUCAUCAACUGGUGAGAGAAUGAAAGACAUAGUGAAAAGUAACUAUCCUGAAACAGAUCUUACCGAUUUCUUACCAGAACAUAAGAAUGGUCUCAGCAAUGAAUUCAGAUGCUAUGCCAGUUUUGAAUGCAAGUACUGGAAGUUCCAAACUAGUUAG